UCUGUCAGAGAAAAACAAAAAGACUACGUGGAAGAGCACGGUGGCGGCCAGCUGGUCACGGAAUUACAUCGAAAAUCUACGUAAAAACUGCCGCCUUUUCACGACGUUUUACAAGCAGAAAGGCAGGAGAACAUCCAAAGACUCCCUUGAAGCCGUUUGGAUGAAAUGUCCGCGGUAUUAUGAAGUUUGGGGGCAAUUUCAACUAAGCGAUAAACCGCUUCUAGUUUGAAACCGAACUACAAGACCGUCAGACUUUUUGAUCUUACACUGGACACUGGUAUCGAACGCUAGUGCGCUAUUUUGAUCUUGUAUUUGAAUUGUUUCAGAAGGGUUUGGGGAUUCAAAGAGAAGAGUGGUUUGUCUGAUUAUGUCGAACGAUUUGAAGACAAGCGCGAACGGCGAAGAGGAAGAAGGCCGAAGAGUUGACUUACACACAACCUCGGGGGAGACGAUAUGUUUGAGUUUUCCCGUCAAUGAAAAUCCCUUGCCAAAGAUAAUUCAACUGGUUGACCCGGAUACUGGCCAAACCAUGCUAUUUCCACUCGACAAAAACGGCGUUUACAAUGAAGUCGUGGAGAAUUCGGAAAGAAUUUUGAAUGAAGUUGAUGCUAGUCAGCAUUGCCAACAUUGUAGCUGCGUUCACGAUGAGGCAAACGGGACGAGCGAGUUCCAAAGACAGUCUUCCGACGAAAGGCUCGAGAAAAGACGAGAGAAACUACAGAAAAAGCUUCGUGAAAAGAAAGGGAGCGUAGGCGAAGAUGGCUGUUCUGGGCAUUGCCACCAAAUGAUUCAAAUCCCAGUCCAAGGCUUGGAUCACAUACGUAACUCAUUUUCUUGUGAUGAUGAAAGCGGCGACAAUUCCAUAAACCACGAGCAAAACAAAAUUGAUGAUUUAAAAAUUCACAAGUCGCCAGAGGUGGAGAUUAUCAGCAGUACAUGUGCCAAGAUCUCAUGGUCAGCACAAGUUAGCAAUAACAGCCAUCUAUCUGGGUGCAAGUUCGAACUCCAAUCUGCUGCCAAGAAUGGAGGAUUCAAAAAUAUUUACAGUGGCACAAGCAUGGAGCAUAAAGAGACAAACCUCAGGCCAGGAACAGCCUACAAAUUCAGGUUGUGUGCUGUGAAAGAUAAAAUUAGAGGGGAGUAUUCACCAGAAGCUAGUGCACAGACCCCUUGUGACGUUCCAUCUACUCCUAUCCCACCCCAUCUGGCUAACAAGACCAAGACUGGGUUUAAUAUCAAGUGGGCGGCACCAAGCGAUAACGGGUCCCCUAUCACCGGCUACAAGCUGGAGUGGGACGAAGGUCUUGGCGAUGGCACUUAUACCGAGAUCUACUACGGCCCAAACCGACAAUACAAGCUCACGCACAAGCUUCCUCCAGGGACUAAGUGCAUCUUUAGGGUCCAGGCAAUCAAUGAAAUAGGUGUAAGUGGUUUCAGCAAGGACUUAACAACCUUUACAAUUGCUGGAGUACCAGAUGCACCGCAGGCUCCUAUCCUGGACCGUGCCGGUGUCGCCUAUCUCAUCAUUAGCUGGAAUAGGCCCCAGUGUAAUGGAGCUGAAAUUACAGAAUAUUUACUUGAAAUGGAAGAUGAGAGCACGGGGUAUGGCUUCAUGGUGAGAUAUAGGGGACCAGAGCAACGAGCAAAAGUGGAGAAUCUGAAAAGACAUUCCUCCUACAAAUUCAGGGUGUCGGCCAUCAAUUGCCAAGGCAGCGGCAAAUGGAGCGAGACUAGUGUGUUCACUACUGUGCCUGAGCGACCAGCGCGACCAUUUCCUCCAGCACUGCAAGGCAAAGCGAAGACUUCCUCCUUCGCCGUCACGUGGGAUCCCCCGGGCGACACGGGAGGCACUCCCAUUUCAAAGUUCGUGCUCGAAAUGGAUGACGGGAAGGGGGGUCCAUUUAAGGAGGUCUAUGGCGGCAUGGAGACGGAGCGGUCAUUCGAUGGAUUACUCCCUGGACAUCACUAUCGUAUGCGGCUCGCGUGUUACAGCGAGGGAGGCAUCAGCGAGUGGUCACGUGUCGUCAAACUUCGUACGAUACCGGUGUGUCCGGGCCAGGCCAACCCGCCUGUCCUGUCCAAGCUGCACAAGGCUCUGCCGAAUGCCCUCCACCUCAACUGGGACCCGCCCGAGUACACUGGGGGCGCGUUUAUCUCUGGUUACAUCCUCGAGAUGGAGAUGGAAAAACUCGGAGUCAAAGAAUUCCGUGAAAUAUACCACGGCGCAGAUCACAUGUGCGCGGUCAGCGGUCUCCAGCCCGGCAAGGCGUAUUCGUUCCGCGUACGCGCUGUCAACGAAGCGGGGGCGGGGAAAGUAUCCCGCAUCGCGGAGCUCAGCACGGCGCCUGGUGUCCCGGAUGCUCCACGAGCCCCUGACACUGUGUGCCGGUCAGCGGCGGCUAUACAAAUUACGUGGGAGCCACCUUCUACUAAUGGUACGCCUGUGACGGGAUACACACUAGAGUAUAUGGAUGAGGGGACUUUCACCGAGUUGUACACGGGCACAGACUUGUCUUACGAGUUACGCAAAGGCCUACUUCCCGCAAAUUAUUACUACUUCCGGCUUAAGGCGCUGAGUGCGGUGGGAGCGAGUCUGUGGAGUCAAGUGAGCACGUGUCAGACCCCAGCGGCCUCACCUGCGGCGGUCUCUUCCGUCAGAUGCGUGGACCAGUCGUCGAGCCAUCUGCGCCUGCGCUGGAAGCACCCCGCCGACAACGGCGCGCAAAUCACGUCGUACAACAUCGAGAUCGCGGGCGCGAGAAACAUUUGCUAUGAUGUCACGGGUGAGAACGAGGCUGGAGAAGAGCCACCACGUGUACAAGAGUAUGACAUAACGGAUCUUCAACCGAGCACCGCGUAUAGGAUUCGUGUACAGGCUGUCAAUAAAAUCGGGUGCGGCCCUUUCAGCCCGGUGAUCAUCGCGUCUACCCGUGACCUGCCUCCCCCUGCCCCGACCCUCGAGGUGGCUAUAGCGUCCUACCAAAGCCUAAAGCUCCGGUGGGGCUCGCCCGGAGGCAAGGACAACAUGGGCGUCACGUACACGCUCGAAAUGGCGGACGAGCUCGGAAAUUUCCAGACGAUUUUUAACGGCGCGACUACAUCUCACAAGGUCGGUAAGCUCCGCGAGAGGACUGAGUACGACUUCCGGAUCCAAGCGAGUAACGAGGCGGGGACUGGGUCCUACUCUGACGUCUUCACAUUCAUGACGACUGCACAGCCGCCGGGCGCAAUCAAAGGUCUACGCGCCGAGAGCGUCACGGCCAGCUCUUUCACCGUGUGCUGGGAGCCGGUGCAAUCGGUCAAGCGGGGAGAUAGUGUCGAGUACCUCCUCCAGAGACAGCACGUCGGCAAGGACCAGGACUUUGUUUGGGCCUAUCAAGGGUCCGAUACCCGCUUUGCAUACACGAGCCUGCCGACUGGCAGUGAAUACCGUUUCCGAGUAUGCGCCGUACGACACAUCGCGGGCGGAGACUUCGACGCCACUGACUCCCCGUCCCGUGGGCUCAAGGGCGUCUUCAGCCCUGUGGUAUCGGUCAGGACCCAGUCCAUGCGUCGACACAGGGUGUCCGAGUCUAGCAGCCGCGGCGACGAAGAUGAAGAGGAAGUUGAAGUCGAAGAGCGCAAAUCGCUGACCGAUACUCAAUGGGCGCUUAUAUUCUUUAUAGGCUUUGCGCUAUUAUCGUUAGGAUUCGCCUUUGUAGUUCCCCUCCUCUUUGGGGUCUCGGAAUAAUUCGAAAUGAGUUUUGAUUCCUAGAACGAAUCUUGGAAAAUACAUUAGACCCACAAAUAGCAAAUAGAUUAUCGAUAUGGUUCACUUUGUUAAGCGUCACACCAGUUAAGUCUCGUGAACUCACUGUGUAACGCAAACAGUUGGCUACUUGUCACGCGAUUCUCGUGACGUCAUUACUUAAUAGAAACAACAGGCUAUUUGUGAAUCGUCACGCUUAUCACUCUGCAAUUCACAUGACGUCAAAAGCUGACACAAGUUGCUUUUUGUCACGCCAGACUUACCAUAAUUGUCAUGACUCCAUAAGGUAACACAAACCGUCGCUUGAUCCAUGCUUCUUUAAUUCUUAGCAUGAAAUAAGUAGAUUCGUUCGUCAUUAUAUUACAUGCAUAAUUAACAAUUCUAGGAAUUUCGGUGUAUACUUGGUAAGUAUAUUACUCGUACGAGAUUUUAGCUUUAUUAAAGCAACAUUCUAUAUUUCAGUUGGUUUACAUUUUGAUUUUUCAUAGGUUUUCGAAAAUCUUUUGAUUUUAAAAAUUCAUAAGAUGAGGAUCAAUUAAAGGCACACACUCCUUGAAAUUAUUUUCCCUUCAGAUUACCAACACUUAUGAUUUUUUUACAUUUCUUCUUCGUGUGUCAAAACUUUAUACCGCCAUUAUUUAUCGGUCACAUGAUUUGAACCAUGUAAAAAACCUUUCUUAAAAUUUAGAGAUUGACAAAUAUAUAUUUUAAUUAUCCCAAUAAUCCUUAAACGAUUUAUUAUUUUGACAAAAAAGUGAGAGGAGAAUAGAAGAGAAUAUAGAUAAUUUCCCGCCAAUUCUGCAUGGCGCGCGCGCUUUUCUGAACCAUUUCCCGCCAAAAAAGGAAUGCCCAAAUAAGCGCAUUUGUGAUUUUUGUGUUGGCCAAUCAAAUUGCGCCACUGUGCAGUUCAGCGGGUUAUAACAAAUACAAAAGGUAUGAUAGUUAUUAGAUAUUAACUUUUUGCUGUUAGGGGCAAAGCUAUAGAACGAUAUAGUUAUUAAUGGGUUAUACUUGAAUAUUAAAAAUAAAUCCGAACCGACAAAAAUGUUUGUAGAGAGAAAACGGAAAGAGAAGCUGAAUUCGAGUGAGAACGGAAUAGAGAAAGAAAGUUAAAAAGAGAUAUUUAUUUUUAGAUGUUAAUGACGUUUGUCUGUAACGGUAACCGUGUACAGGAAUGUAUGCCGUCGGCUUGUAUUUAUGUCAUCCUGUGGUAGACACAACAUUCGCUACAAUAAAACUGGGUCUGACUCUCAGAA